AUGAAUUUUCACUUUGUUCGAAUUAUUCUUCCUGCUAAUAAAAAUGUUCAGGUUGUCGGUUCAUCACAACAAUCAUUAAUGAACCAUCCACUACCAUGCACACCUGGACAGAUUCGUUUGAUUAAUUCAAACGGUUCGUUUACUAUUCCAUCUGUUAUAGCUACUACACCGGAAUCAAGUGCUGUAACACGUGAACCGUUAUCUUCAUUGACUACUAAUCAACAAACUUUACAAAAAACAUGCUUUUCAACGACAUCAACAUCUUCAAGUCCAGAAAAAUCUCCAUUAUUAGCUAUAACUGGAACUGCUUCAUCGGCAAAUAAUAUUUCACAAUGUGAUUCAGUAUUGAAUAUGGGUCAAAAGAAACUCAAACGAGGUAAAAACUGGUCCGAAGAAGAAACGAGCAUUUUUAUCAAUAUAUGGAGUGAUCAUUAUGCAAAUUUGAUGGCUAGUGGAUCGCGAAAUGCUCCGAUUUAUCAGUCCAUGGCACAACAACUUAAUCAGUUAUUGUCACCAAGACUAAUGACAGGUGCUGAUGUGAAGUCGAAAAUAGCUAAUCUUGUUGCCGAGUACAGAAAAAGAAAGAAAGAACAAGGUAAAACAGGGAGCAGUCCAUCGUCCUGGCGAUAUUUCGAUCAGAUUGAUAAACUUCUUGGUGAAAGACCGUUUAAUGAUGAAAGUCUCACGUCUGAUUCAAUAGCUCUUCAACACGAACAACUUGAAGAAAUCGAAAAUGUUUCAGCUUCUGAAUGGAAUGAAAAUUUCAUUACUGAAGAAGCUGAUGAUAGUGUAUCAAAUUUGAUUAAAGAAAUCGAAGAAUCUGGAAACAAUUUUGAAAAUCGAUCAUGUACGUCAAAGAAUUCACCUAAUUCAACAUCUACAACAAGAAAUAUCACCAUUAGUACACCAGAUGUAUCUAACAAGAAAAAAUGUUCAUCAAAAAAGAAAAAAAUUUCCGAUAUGCGAUUUGCUGAUAUCAAAGAUUCAUGUAAAAUUGAAUAUAACGGAGAAACUAUUGAAUUCAAUGUUCAACUAUUGAUAAAUGUAAAAAAUUUAGGUGAAGAAAGUUUUGGUCUUGUUAGUUUAACUCAACUUGCACAUCGGCCAGAUGUUGUUUUUGCGAGUAAAUGA